AUGUGUUGCUUGGAUCGGUUCGUCCCCUCUACUACCAGGCUUUGUGGUUUGUUUCCAAUCAACGAGACGGAUGUCAUAACACGGCGUCGUCAAAGCUACAAGAGCCUCCAAAGUGAUUUGGAGUACGAUCCUUAUGAAUAUCUCUCAGGGGAUGAACGUUGGGGCAUGGAGUGGCAAGCCUUUGCUAGAAGCUACAUUGACUACCUGUGCUUCAUCGUUGUGCGAGAGACAACCUGUGAAUGGAUAAAAAAUAUCUUGCUGCUUGAAGGGCUACCCACCUUAAGGAUUGAUCCUUCUGGUGUAGUGGGGCGUUGGAACUGGUGUUCAGAGAAAUGUGCGGUCGAGCGUACAUGCACCCGAUGGUUGCACCGCUCCUGGACUCAGCCAAACAACCCUGAAAGUUUUCGGAAUUCAGUAUCCAAGUAUGGAGUAGAGCCGUACCUUCAACCUGGAGACAUUCCAAACCGCCCAAACGACCAAGGGUCGGCUCCAUCUGCACAUGAGUUGGGCAGGCGUUCCUUGGCAACCUGGGAUUCAAGCCAGCUCUUGUGGUCAACGACUAUGUGGUGCUUUGGGAACAAUCAACCUCCGCUACCAACUUGA